AUUUCCCCCGUAACCUCUGUCGACGCAGCGGCAGUAGUGUGACUGCACAUUCAAAUAUGCAAAGGCCGGACAUUCCACCACGUAGACUAGCUCUGAUUCAUCAAGGUCCUCCAAAACGAUUCAGUCUACAUACAGACAGGAAAGUUCUUGAUGAUAAUGGAAAAGUAAGAAAAUGGACUUUUGGGAAAAAAGACACCAGUAAACCAAACAAAAUCAUUUUGCUGGUGGGAGAGACCGGUGUGGGCAAGACCACCCUCAUAAACAGCAUGGUCAACUACUUACUGGGAGUGAAGUUUGAGGAUGGAAUAUGGUAUGAAAUAACUGAAGAAGCAGCCGGAGAUCAAUCAGAAUCACAAACCUCUGAAAUCACCAUGUAUGAGGUCUUUCCUAUAAGGGGUCCCAUAUCACUGACCAUCAUUGAUACUCCAGGCUACGGAGACACUAGAGGACUGGACAAAGAUCUGGAAGUUGCUGAAAAUUUAGCCACUCUGUUUCAGAACAAUGAUGGAGUUUGUGAAGUCGAUGCUGUGUGUUUUGUGACGCAAGCGUCUAAGAAUCGUCUCUCAGACAGACAGCAUUACAUUAUCAGUUCAAUUCUGUCUUUGUUUGGUAAAGACAUUGUGAACAACAUUGUGUUUUUAAUCACACACUCUGAUGGUCUGCCACCCACAAAUGUCAUUGGUGCCAUUAAUAAAGCUAGAAUCCCCUGCAGACGAGACAAAAGUGGCCAACCUGUUUAUUUCUUAUUCAACAACCGGCAGGCUGAUGCACGUCGCACUAAAGAGCGUCACGUUCGCGCUCAAAGAGAUGCCUGGGAAGACAGUGUGGAAGGCAUGAAGCAAUUCCUUCAGUCUCUGACUGCAAGGAACAGAAGAAGUUUAGAGUUAACUUCAGAUGUACUGAUGGAGCGCAUUCAGUUUGAAGCAUCCAUCUGCAAUUUAACGCUGCGGGUUCAAGAGAAGGAGCUGAAAAUAGCUGAAAAACAUCAGAUCCAGGAGGCAAUGAAGCAAAACAAGGAAAAGAUUGAGGAGUGUCAAAACUUCACCAUUAAAGUAAAAAAGAUUGUCAAAGAGAAGGUGCCCAUCGAGAGCAGGUCAUGGAAACACAGAAAGGCGACAACCUGCACCGUCUGUGAAGAAAACUGUCAUGAGUUUGACUGCUGGUGGGUUUCUAAUCCCAGCAAAUGUGAAGUCAUGAAAGACGGUUUCUGCACUGUGUGCACAGGGAGGUGUCAUCACAGCAAACACGUCAAAGAAGACAGGAAAUACAUCAUCAGAACCUCAAGCACUACAAUAGAAUUUGACUCUAUAAAAAUGGACUAUGAAAAGGCUCAAGAACAAACCAAAAUGUUUUUGUUUUUAAUGCAACAUAUUGACAAAGAUUUGAAGGAGAUUGAAGACCAAAAGUCAAUUCUUCUGUCCGAAGCUUACCAGACCAUCAAGCACCUGUCUCAGAUCGCAUUGAAACCAGACUCUGCCUUCACUCUUCAGCAUCUGGACUUCUUCAUCCCCAGAGUGAGGGAGGCUGGGAAAGAAGACUGGGUGAGAGAGUUGGAGGAAAUGAGGAGAAAAGCUGUAACUGAAGAAGCAAAUAAAGAUGCUCUGAGUUAUCUGAAAGCUGGUCUGGCAAAAAUGUUCCUGUCUCAGCAGUGACUGAAUCCAGUACAUUGAACAAUGGAAGUAGAGGCAUGCUUCUUACAAUGAUAAAUCAGUGCUGUCGACUGACUGUGCACAGGUGUAUCUACAGAAUAUUGAUAACCCAGAAGAUUCUUUUCAUUACACUAAACAGAUUUCAGCUAUU